AUGAAAGCAUCUUCAUCCUUACUAAUCAUCUGUGGGAUCGCAGGAAUCCUUCCCCAAAUCAGCCUCACUCAACGGCAGGGAAGAAUACUAGAUGGGACCCCUGUGGACACCUUGAGGCGAUUCCCCCACUACGUAACCAUCACCAAAGGAGAAUACGGGGACAAGAAAUACUGUGGAGCAUCAAUUAUAUCUAAUCAAUGGAUCGUGACUGCAUUGGAUUGUGUUCGCCAAGGAAAUUUCACUCUACAAUUCCUAACUAAGAACCUCCAGGGUUCAGCAAAGUCAUUCGCAAUUACGCUGGAUGAGUUUUCUGUAGUUCCGUAUCCAACAGACUACGAUAACAUCGCCCUCAUCAAACUACCAGUCACUCUCCAAUUCUCCGAGUUCCUCGCUCCAAUCCAAUACACGGGAAUAGGUGGUGAUUACAGUGGAAAGAACAAUGGCUUCGUAGUGAUGCCUGGCUUUUCACCGGGUCAAACCAAUGUUUUGACUUAUGGAAUGUUCAAGUUGACUUCUUCAAACCAGUGUCAGGCAAUAUAUGGAAAUCUGUUCGAUGAGUACCUGGACAUUUGCACUGUGGGUUGGGGAAACAGCAACCAGAUGCCGUGUGAAGGUAACGAGGGCAGUGGACUUGUUUUUGGAUGGCCCAGAGAACCACGUUUGAUUGGGAUCUUCAGUUCACCCACAAAAUGUGUAUCAGGAAAUCCCGCCAUUUAUGUAAAGCUGUCAGAAUAUGAGUCAUGGAUCAGCCAAACUAUUGAAAAUCAUAGUGAUGAACCAGCCACUACUAUUAGAUACUAA